GUCGCUGGUCUCUCGUAUUGUUGCUGGAAGGAGACGGCGACGACGUCUGAUUAGACCCGCGGCGUCUUUCCCCGUCGGUGGGAGCUUUCCAUCUUGCGCUCAGAACCUGCCCGCGGCUUGCCGGCUGUAGGGCCAGGAAGGACGCGUACCAGGCGGCAUCAGAGCCUUCCAGGGCGCCCAGCGUCUUCCUCGUCACCCCGCACAGCGCCAUGUCCUGGAUGUUUAAGAGGGAUCCCGUUUGGAAGUACUUGCAGACUGUCCAAUAUGGAGUCCAUGGGAAUUUUUCACGCCUCUCAUAUCCAACGUUUUUCCCACGUUUUGAAUUCCAAGAUAUUAUCCCUCCAGAUGACUUCCUGACUAGUGAUGAAGAGCUGGAUUCAGUUUUAUUUGGAACUUUGAGAGGUCAUGUGGUUGGACUACGCUAUUAUACUGGAGUAGUUAAUAAUAAUGAGAUGGUUGCAUUACAACGAGAGCCUAAUAACCCCUAUGAUAAGAAUGCAAUUAAAGUAAACAAUGUGAAUGGAAAUCAGGUUGGCUAUUUAAAGAAAGAGCUUGCCGCUGCUUUGGCCUAUAUCAUGGACAAUAAAUUGGCGCAAAUAGAAGGGGUUGUUCCCUUUGGUGCAAACAAUGCUUUUACCAUGCCUCUGCAAAUGACUUUUUGGGGAAAAGAAGAAAAUAGAAAAGCAGUUUUAGAUCAGUUGAAGAAACAUGGAUUUAAAUUGGGUCCUGCACCAAAAACUUUAGGAUUCAGUUUGGAAAGUGGUUGGGGCUCUGGAAGAGCUGGGCCAAGCUAUAGUAUGCCGGUUCAUGCUGCCAUACAGAUGACAACUGAACAGCUUAAAACAGAAUUUGACAAAUUGUUUGAAGAUUUAAAAGAAGAUGAUAAAACUCAGGAAAUGGAACCUGCUGAGGCUGUUGAAACGCCAUUACUUCCUCAUCAAAAACAAGCUCUAGCUUGGAUGGUUUCACGAGAAAAUAGUAAAGAGCUUCCACCAUUCUGGGAACUGCGGAAUGACUUGUACUACAACACAAUAACCAAUUUUUCAGAGAAAGACCGACCAGAAAACGUCCAUGGAGGAAUUUUAGCUGAUGAUAUGGGUUUGGGUAAAACUCUUACAGCUAUUGCAGUAAUUCUUACCAACUUCCAUGAUGGGAAGCCUCUUCCUGUUGAAAGAAUAAAAAAGAAUCAAGUGAAGAAGGAAUGUAAUAGCAGUGAAUCUGACAAACCCAGAAGAAAGGAUACCAGCAAAAAGACUGAUGGGUUAAGUAAAGAAGGAUCUAGGUAUAGUGAAGAACCCAGUAUUUCAGAUGUCAAGAAGAAUAAGUGUCCCAUGUCAGAAUUGUCUAGCUCUCGACCCAAAAGAAAAAAAAUUGCUGUCCAGUACAUUGAAAGCAGUGAUUCAGAGGAAAUUGAAAUAAGCGAAUUGCCACAGAAAAUGAAAGGUAAAUUGAAAAAUGUACAGUCAGAAACUAAAAGGGUAAAAGUAGGACCUUCUAAGGUUAAAGAAGAUACAGCAUUUGCAUGUGCACUUACUUCGUCUGCUUCUACAACAAAAAAAAAAAUCCUGAAAAAAGGAGCAUCUACGGCAGAGGGUUCAAAGAAAACUGAUGUUGAAGAGCGACCAAGAACAACACUGAUUAUCUGUCCACUUUCUGUGUUAAGCAACUGGAUUGACCAGUUUGGACAACAUAUAAAAUCAGAUGUGCACUUGAAUUUCUAUGUUUAUUAUGGUCCUGAUCGUAUUAGAGACCCAGCCUUGCUUUCAAAACAGGAUAUUGUUUUGACUACAUAUAAUAUUUUAACUCAUGACUAUGGAACUAAAGGUGAUAGUCCAUUACAUAGCAUAAGGUGGCUAAGAGUGAUCUUGGAUGAAGGACAUGCCAUUCGAAAUCCAAACGCUCAGCAGACAAAAGCUGUACUUGAUUUAGAAGCAGAAAGGAGAUGGGUAUUGACAGGUACUCCAAUCCAGAAUUCUUUAAAGGAUUUGUGGUCUCUUCUUUCCUUUUUAAAACUGAAGCCAUUUGUUGAUAGAGAAUGGUGGCACAGAACAGUACAGCGUCCUGUCACAAUGGGAGAUGAAGGAGGACUUAGGCGUUUACAGUCCUUAAUUAAAAAUAUUACGCUUAGAAGAACAAAGACAAGCAAAAUUAAAGGAAAACCUGUUUUGGAGUUACCAGAACGUAAAGUAUUUAUCCAGCACAUUACACUUUCAGAUGAAGAGAGAAAGAUUUAUCAAUCUGUGAAAAAUGAAGGCAAAGCUACUAUUGGAAGGUAUUUUAAUGAAGGGACUGUCCUUGCACACUAUGCAGAUGUCUUGGGUCUUUUACUUAGAUUGCGACAGAUUUGUUGUCAUACUCAUCUUCUUACAAAUACAGUGUCUUCCAGUGGUCCCUCAGCCUUCUCUCUAGGGAAUGAUACACCUGAAGAACUGCGAAAGAAGUUAAUAAAGAAGAUGAAGUUAAUUCUGAGCUCAGGUUCAGAUGAAGAAUGUGCUAUAUGCUUGGAUUCUUUAACAGUUCCUGUGAUAACACAUUGUGCACAUGUAUUUUGUAAACCUUGUAUUUGCCAAGUCAUUCAGAAUGAGCAGCCACAUGCAAAGUGCCCUUUAUGCAGAAAUGAUAUACAUGGAGAUAAUUUAUUGGAAUGUCCUCCAGAAGAAUUGUCAUGUGAUAGUGAGAAAAAGUCUAAUAUGGAAUGGACAUCCAGUUCAAAGAUUAAUGCUCUAAUGCAUGCAUUGAUUGACUUAAGAACGAAGAAUCCCAAUAUAAAAAGUUUAGUUGUUUCUCAGUUUACAACAUUCCUGUCUUUAAUAGAAACACCGCUUAAAGCCUCUGGAUUUCUGUUUACUCGUUUGGAUGGUUCCAUGGCCCAAAAGAAAAGAGUUGAAUCAAUUCAAUGUUUUCAAAACACUGAAGCUGGAUCUCCAACUAUAAUGCUUCUGUCUUUAAAAGCAGGUGGAGUUGGUUUGAAUCUUUGUGCAGCUUCUAGAGUGUUUUUAAUGGAUCCCGCCUGGAAUCCUGCUGCUGAAGACCAGUGCUUUGACAGAUGCCACAGACUUGGCCAGAAGCAGGAAGUUAUCAUCACAAAAUUCAUUGUGAAGGACUCUGUUGAAGAAAAUAUGCUGAAAAUACAAAACACAAAGAGGGAACUUGCAGCUGGAGCCUUUGGAACUAAAAAAAAUGCGAAUGAAAUGAAACAAGCUAAAAUUAAUGAAAUCAGAACUUUGAUUGAUUUAUGAUUUGUGAGAUUUUAGUGAAUCUGAUCAGUGACAUAAAUUUUGGAAAAGAGGAAAAUACGUUUUAGAAAUUAGAUCUAGAGAGUAUGUGUCCUAAAAUAUUGUUUUAUAUUAAUGAAGCGGUAUUACUGAUAAUCUCUUCAAUAUAUGAACCUAUUUUUAAUGAUACUUAAAAUAGCAAUAAGUUCCGUUAAAUACUGUGGCCUAAAAUAAUUUUUUGAGAAAAAAUUUACUUUGAUAUUCAACUUUUCAUAGUAUCUUAUGCUGAGUAUUUUCAUAUAUCUUUCAAGUACUCAGCUUUUUCAUAUUUCAAGUAAGGUCAACCCUUUUAUACUUUUGACCAAUAAAGAGUUAUUUUCUAUGUUGGACACAUUUGGUUAUUCACCAAAGCCUCCGAUUUGUGAAGCAGUGGGUUCACAGUCCUUGUAGACAGUAUACAUACAGACCAUAUAAGAGACUGAUUUUGUUGGGUUUUCAAAAACCAUAUUUGCAUUCAUUCCAAAACCAAACCUUAAAUGAGAGACCAAAGUCCAGGUACUUGAACUUUGUUGUUGUUUUACGGCUUCAUUGGAUAAUUCACAUUAUGUGACUUGUUUUCUGUUCAUGAAAAAAGUAGGGACUGUGUUAGAGCACUGUUUUCUCCAUUGUAGUCAAGUGGUACUACAUUCAUUGUUUAAAUGAUAAACUUGAUGUACACACAGGUUGUGGAUACAGUCUUUGGAGAUAAGAGGGAACCAGUUCUACUCAAUUUGAUUUGAAUAUUUAAAUUAUGGAAUUGCUAAAUAGAUAUUUCUAUAAAUAGAUUUUUUAUUUAUGUAGCUUUUUUUGGAAAUAACUUUAUAAAGUUUUAUAAUUCAGAAGACUACUAUAUGUGAGAAGCAUAAUAUGUGGAUAGAAGUUGGCCUGGAUAACCUCCAAAGUUGUUUCAACUCUUAAAGAUAACUUGAUCUUGAAUGUAAAAAUUUGUUAUCUGUGCAUAGAAUCAGAAUUUGAUCUUGGAACCUCAGUAGUUCAUCCAUACAUUUAUCUAUAGAAUUAAGUCAGUUUUUUGGGUUAUUAAGCAAACUCAUAGUAGUUGCCACAGAAUUCUAGAAUGACGUCAUAUUUCAAACAAAGAAGCUAGAAAUCAGGUUAGGCAGUCAGUGGUUUUAUUUCCUUAAGGGAAACUUUUUUUAACCCAAAGAAUGAAGAUAUUGAUUACUGUAACAAGAGAAGCUUCAGGUUUAAUGAUACAGACUUAUGAACACCUUGGAUUUUACUCGUGUUAGAAGUGACUUUUGACUGGAAGCUCAGCUCGAAGGCAGUGUUGUGUCAGGGGGCACACAUCUGGCGCAUGUGUCAAAUCCUCACCCACCAAGGCCUCCUGUAGCUAUGCCGUCUGUUGCUCCACAGGAACUUGCGUGAGGCAGCAAGAAUCUUACCAGUCUCUGUGGUAGCAGAUGAAGCAGACGGCUGAUGUUCUUCCAAACUAAGACCUUUCUGAGGGAUGAGUGGAAUAACCAUUUGGGUUAGUGUGCUAGCAUUAGGAGCAGUAGGGAAGUUCUUUACCUUGUAGAUCUAGCAUUACAAAAAAAGUAGGUUGACCAGAAUCUCAUGAAACAUGGUGUAUGAAUCCUCUAUAUACCAGUGCUCCAGUGAGAUUAAACAAAAGACAAAACAGUACUCUUGCUCACCAAGGCAGCGCCUUACAAACUCACUGUAAAAAGGAAGAUGGUUUAUUUCUUUACCCUAGAAUUCUGAGUUGUGUUUAUAGACAUAUUCUUGGAAAGUCUGGCAAGUCAUAUAUCUUUGUUUUUGUAUAGUCGUUACAAUGAUGUUAAAUACAAAAAUUUAAUUCAUCCUAAGAAAAUAUAUAAACCACUGGAAUGAAAACUUUACAUUAAGCUAUGCUGUUAAUUCUGUUAUUAUGUAGAAUAAUAGCCUUAGAAAUAUACUUAUGACAUUAUAAUUCCACUUGUGAUUCAAACUGAAUAUUGUGGUUCAGUGGUUCAACUGGAUUUUCUUUUAAAAAUCAAUAAAAAUUUCAAAAA